UCCAUCAUUCUCGCUAUUUAUACUUCCAAGAAUUCGAGAUUCAAAAUCGAGAACGAGAGCGAGAGAUUUGGAGAUGGAGGCUGGGCAAUGCUCUGGAGCUAAAGAAGAGCACGAUCCAUGGGCGAAACUCGUUCCCUUGAUUCCUGGAUACCAAGAAGUUCAAAUCAGCUCAGAGGAUCCCGUUGUGUGCUCGCAGACGGCGCUAUCUUCGGCGGAGAAACUCGCAUGGUGUGAGAUCAAUUGGGAUUCUGAUCGGGGCUUGGCGACGAUCAGGAAUACAAGUUUAGCAGCGAUACUAGUUGAUGGAGCUAUUCUUGAAGUAAGCGAAGCACUUGACAUUGAAAGUGGAAUCGAAAUUGUUUCUGGGCCUAAACUUGAAGGGUACCUGAGUUAUACUUUUCAAGUGAUCUUUACGGAGGAGCCUGAUUCAAGAAAUCUGAAGAUUUCAUUAGAUGUUGAACUUGCAAAAUGCAGCAUAUGCUUGAACAUCUGGCAUGAUGUUGUCACUGUUUCCCCUUGCUUUCAUAACUUCUGCAAUGGGUGCUUUUCAGAGUGGUUGCGAAGAGCUUCAUGUCGCCCGCAUAUCAAACCUAAGGAUAUUGCCUGUCCUCAAUGUCGAGCUGUCGUGCAUUCCGUAGGAAGAAAUCAUUUUUUGCACAAUAUUGAAGAGGCUAUUCUGCAAACCUUUUCCUCGCUAAAGCGUCCAGCAGAAGAAGUUCAAUUGCUAGAUUCACAUGCCUCAAUAAAAUCUAAUCUUGUUCUCGGAAGUGAGAAGAAAACAUCAAGGAAAAGACCUUUGUCACUUUCAGAUGAUGACAUUAAUGGAAUAGAUGUUCCAUGCCCUCAAUGUGGCACUGAGCUUGCUGGAUUCCGUUGUAACAGAAACACUCUUCACCUUCAGUGUCAUGGCUGCGGUGGAAUGAUGCCUUCUAGACCUGACAUUGGCAUGCCUCAACAUUGCUUGGGUUGUGACAGAGCAUUCUGUGGGGCUUAUUGGGUUGCUCAAGGUUUAGAUGCAAGUGAGUUUGGAGUAAUUUGCCCACAUGAAACAUUCAAACCAGUUGUUGAACAUUCUAUUUUAAGAAUUCCAGACUCAGCACACAACAAUAAUCGAUAUGAAAGAGAUGUCACGGAAAAGUGUAUCCAGCAUACUGGGAAAACAUUUCAGGCUGUGAUUUCUGAGUGGAUCAUGAAGUUUGUCAAGAAAGAGAUUGACAGAUCAAGGCUACAAUUAAAUCACGCAGAAAUGAUCUCUGAAAGAACACACCUUUGCAGAGGUUGUUAUGACAAAUUGGUUGAUUACCUCCUAUAUUGGUUUCGGGUAUCUUUACCUUGCCAUCUGCUCCCACCUGAUGCAUUGGUAAGAGAAGACUGCUGGUAUGGCUCUUCGUGUCGCACGCAGCACCACAGCGACGAACAUGCUCGGAAAAGGAACCAUGUCUGCCGGCCAACCAGAGGAAGCAUUAAUCCUUGAUAAUUUCAUCACACUUGCUAUCUGAAACUGCAGUCAUAGUUUCAAAUUCAUUGCCUGGCUGUGUCCUAUGAUAAGGGAUGCCAUCAACCUUUAAUGAGGUCAAUUGUUAUUGAAGUCUACUUGUUUUCUUUCAUUGUUCUUUGUCCGGCUAAUCCCCUAGUCCCUCCUUUUUAAAGAUAAACAAAGAUCCAUUUAGGUUUGAUUCCAUCAAAUGAGAUCUGAUCAGGGAUCAAAACAAAA